GCACCCUGUAUCCCCCUCCCGGGGAAUCAGUCUCCCUGCCAGGGUUCGCCCUUCCUGAGGGAUUCCGCUUUCCCGUCGCCAGAGUUCCCCUUCCUGAAGGCUCGGCCUCCUCGCCGCCUAAGUUCACCCCUCCUGAAGGAUCCGGCUUCCCUGCCGUCUGAGUUCGCCCUUCCUUUUUUUUUGCCCCCCCACCUUGUUGCCCAGGCUGGAGUGCAGUGGUGCGAUCUCGGCUCACUGCAACUUCUGCCUCCCGGGUUCAAGUGAUCCUCCUGUCUCAGCCUCCCAAGUAGCUGGGAUUACAGGCGCCCGCCACCUCGCCCCACUAAUUUGUAUUUUUGGUAGAGACGGGUUUCACCGUGUUGGCCAGACUGGUCUCGAACUCCUGAUCUCGGGUGAUCCGCCCGCCUCGGCCUCCCAAAGUGCUAGGACUACAGGCGUGAGCCACCGCGCCCAGCCUCGCCCUUCCUGAAGGCUCGGCCUCCCCGCCGCCUAAGUUCGCCUCUCCUGAGGGAUCCAGCUUCCCCGCCGCCAGGGUUCGCCCUUCCUCAGGGCUCGGUCUCUUCGCCGCCUAAGUUCGCCCCUCCCGGGCACCCACCUGGUCGCCUCUGCCGCCCGCCUUCGCGCCUCCUGGGCACCUACUUGGCCGCCUCUGCCGCCCGCCUUCGCCCCUCCCGGCACCCACCUGGCCGCCUCAGCCGCCGCCCCGCCUCGCAGCCGCCGCGGAAGGACACGGUCGCGGAGGACGCCUCACACGCACGCCGGCCGCACCCGCGGACCGGACCUACUUUCCUUAAAGGGCCCGGGACUCCACGCAGAAGCGGCGUGUAGGGGUCCCCCGGACUCGGUCCCGCGGGCUAUAAGUGGCCCGGGCGGCGAAGGCGCACGGAGCCAAGUUCCGGGCAGCAGCCCUGGGACGCCCUGACAGGGCCAGGCCGAGCCGGGCCGGGCAGGGCGGAGGCCCCGUUGCCUAGCACCGGGGCUGCGGCCUGUGGGCGGAGCCUGUACCGUCGCCGGGACACGGGGCGGGGCCUCAGCGGGAGCUGGCCGAGGAGCGGGCAAGGGCCAUUGGCGCAUGCGUAGGGCGGGGCCCACCUAGUGGGGAAGUCUCCUGAGGCGGAUCGUGGGCGGGGCCUGGAGGCGGAACCGGCGCCGUCAGUAGUCCGCUGAGGACGGAGGCGGGGCUGGGCCUGGGAGGGGGCGGGGCCUGCGCCGGUGGGGCGGGCCGGGGAGGAGACGCGGCCUAGUGCCCGAGUGGGUCCGUUGGUUGGUGCGCGGCUGAGGGGUGUGGCGCGAGCGGCGCCGUUCGUUGGCCGGGGGACGGGCAUGGCGCUGCUGCUGUGCCUGGUGGGCGUGACGGCGGCGCUGGCCCAGGGCUGUCUGCACUGCCACAGCAAGUUCUCCGAGAAGUUCUCCUUCUACCGCCACCAUGUGAACCUCAAGUCCUGGUGGGUGGGCGACAUCCCCGUGUCAGGGGCGCUGCUCACCGACUGGAGCGACGACACGAUGAAGGAGCUGCACCUGGCCAUCCCCGCCGAGAUCACCCGGGAGAAGCUGGACCAAGUGGCGACAGCAGUGUACCAGAGAAUGGAUCAGCUGUACCAGGGGAAGAUGUACUUCCCGGAGUAUUUCCCCAACGAGCUGCGAAACAUCUUCCGGGAGCAGGUGCACCUCAUCCAGAACGCCAUCAUUGAAACCCCCGGAGGCGCUGGGAGUAUCGCCACGCCCUCUCCUGGAGUUUUCUCCAUCUCACACUGGGGGUCACCUUGGGGACCCCUUUCCUCCGGGCCAUGGACACACAUAUAUGAAAACCAGGCCGCCUCGACUGUCAGCGCCGCUGUGGCAUCUUCCAGUACGAGACCAUCUCCUGCAACAACUGCACAGACUCGCACGUCACCUGCUUUGGCUAUAACUGCGAGUAGGGCUCAGGCAUCACACCCAUCCCUGCCAGGGCCCUGCUGUCCCUGGGGUCCCAGGCUCUCCUUGGAGGGGGUUCCCCACCUUCCACCUGGCCCUCGUCAUCAGGGUAGGAUGGGGUCGAGGGUUCAGGGGCGCACCACUUCCAAGCCUAUGUCCCAUAGGUCCUCGGAGCAGUGGGAGUCAGCUGUCCAGGGCCUGCUGAACUACAUAAAUAACUGGCACAAACAGGACGUGAGCAUGAGAGCCACCCCAGCCUUCCUGGUAUCGCCGGCCUUCAGGUGUCUGGAGCCCCCACACCUGGCCAACCUGACCUUGGAAGAUGCUGCCGAGUGUCUCAAGCAGCACUGACAGCAGCCGGGCCCGCCCUAGCUCAACGUGGGGCCAGGACUCAGCUGGACAGCCCCCGCCUGUCCCUCUGGAGCUGGGCUGCUGCCGCCUCAGGACCCCCGCUCCAACCCCAGACAGAGCCUGAGCUGGCCAGGGCCGGGAGGGCAGGAGGGAGGGAGCGGGGGUGGGCUGUGUGCAGCGUCAGUGCCUGGGCAGGUCUGCAGAGCUGCGAGACCUGAUGAUUAAAGUCCCUGAUGUUUCUCUUU